CUCUCUCUCUCUCUCUCUCUCUCUCUCUCUCUCUCUCUCUCUUCCCCAAACCCAACAAAAUUUGAGUCAACAACUUUUAUACUGAGCGAAUUCUCCGAACAUCACCACCACCACCGACACCACCACCACCACCACCCCGGAAAAACACCUAAGGCUUUGCAGGAAAUCCCGUAACUUAAAAUUCUUUCCCGUGCAAACAAUUUCAAAAUCUGACUGAGACUUGACCACCACCACCACCACCACCACCACUACAACAGAAACAACAACAAGAGCACGUGCACAUAAUUGAAGAGAGAAAGGCAGAAAAAAACACGCACCUACAGAUAAGAUCCUCCUCCUUCACCUCCUGUUUCAAUUACUACUAUUUAAACUACCACUACUACUACAUAAAUAAUAAUCAACCAUCUACCUGUAAUCACCUGGCGCUUCCUGGCAACCCACCCAGCCACGCCUCACCAAAUAACAACGUCCUUAAGAUCACUUACACACCGUCAAGGGCGUCUCAGGGGCCUUGCUUUUUCCCACGGCGCGACGGAUCGAGGCUUGUUACGAGGAGGGGAACGAACAGGUAGACGAACAGUUCCUGCGUUUCGGUUCUCGGACAGCUGUGGCACUCGGCAGAAUCCUCUGUCACGGGUCGUAGGGCUAAUAGACGCCGCGGCCCCAGUGAGCGUAACAGGUGUGCGGCCCUCAGGUGACCCCCGGCGAUCACGAGCAGAUGGGCGUGACGCGGUGCGGGGCCGUGGCUGCCGCUGGCCUGCUGAUGACCCUGCUGGCGGCGCCAAGAGGGAGCUGCCUUCGUGACGGUCUCGGCGAAGGCACGCAGUCGGUGAAUGCCGCCCUUAGGUUCCGUCACGUCCUCGGGGUGGGGGAUCACCGUCAGGCGUCCUCCCUGGCACCACUAACCCCGCGAGACACAGAGGCGUCCCGAGCCUUGGCUCCCUCCCCGCCGGCACAGCAAUCUCGCCACUCAGCGGCCGCCGAGGCUGUUCGUCGAGUAAAAGACUCAAGGGAAGAGCCAGACAAAGACAAAAUAGAUACUGAGGGCCCCCGGGACCUGGAGCUGCAGGCAAGGACGAAAAGCAGGCCGAGCCCGGAAGCCCCGCGCGUCCCUGCACCGCCCGAACACCUGCCGCCGGGCCUGGCAAGCCGCCUGAAAGAGUUCCCCAGUGUGGCCGCGGCCCUGGAGGGCGCGCCGCUCCCCGCCCCGGCACACGCCUUCUUCGAGCCGCGCAUACAGGUUGAGGCGGAGGAACUGAGCGACGAGGAGUGGGAGCAGCAUCUGGCGGAGGGCUGGGCGCGGGACGGUCUGGUGCCCCGCCUGCUCGCCGCCCCGCCGCCCUUCCUCGCCAACGUGGACUUCGGCGACCACAACUGCGUCCAUCUCGGCAACACGCUCACCCCCGCCCACGCCCGCGCGCCGCCCAACACCCUCAGGUUCCCCGGGGAGGAGGGUCGUCGCUACACCGUGAUGCUCCUAGACGUGGACGCCCCCGCCCCGCCGCGCCUCCUCUGGCUCCUCAUCAACGUGCCCCCCAGACAGCCGCGCCAGGGUACAGAGACGGUGGAGUACGAGGCGCCGCGGCCACACCUCGACACGGGGCAGCACCGCCUGGUCUUCCUGGUGUACCGGCAACGCGUCGCCCUCAGGCCCUCGGAUCCCAAGGUGCCGCGCGCCCGCUCCUGCCAGGCUGCAGGCCGUGACCACACUGACCUGGCCCUCCUCGCGGCUGACUUGCAGUUAGAGGGACCAACCGCGGCCAAUUACUUCCUGUCAGAGUGGGACGUGACGGUGGAGCACACCUGCACCAGACCUGCCGCUGCCUGACACACCUGCUCGGCCUGCACGCUCACCUGCUGCUUUCAGAGCCAGCACACCUGCGCCUCUUCCCUUUAAAUCACCUCCUCCGCUCUCUGGCUCACCUGUGUCCUAACUUUAUACAGAUUAAAAAAGAAAGAAGAAAAAAAAAAGUGUCACAUGAGUCCCCUCGCCAACGAGACUCAACUGUACUGAAAAAAAAGAUUAAAGCGUAAUAAGCCUU